CACAGGCGCACAAGGCUCGGCUGCGCUCGGAGCGCACGCCUAUCCAUCCAAAACCCACAUGCGCUAAGCCGGGACCAUGGAUGCCACCCUCUACCAGAUCAUAUUCGGGGAGCUGGCGGACUUAAACUGCACUUUGCUGGAAGCCUUUCCUGACACUUUUUGGGAAAACGCGUCAUUGUCCCAGCUGAGCGCGGACGAUUUCUAUUGCAAUGCCACCACUGAUGAGAUCGGCACCUGCUGGCCACGCAGCAGCACCGGGAAGAUAGUGGAGAGACCCUGCCCCGAGUACAUCAAUGGGGUGAAGUACAACACCACCAGGAGUGCUUACAGAGAAUGUAUGGAAAAUGGAACAUGGGCCCUAAAGAGCAAUUAUUCAAACUGCGAGCCCAUUUUGGAGGAGAAGAGAAAGUAUCCCGUGCAUUACAAGAUAGCGCUGAUCAUCAACUACCUGGGCCAUUGCAUCUCUGUGGGAGCGCUAUUAGUGGCCUUCAUCCUCUUCCUCUGCUUAAGGAGCAUCCGAUGUCUCCGCAACAUCAUCCACUGGAACCUGAUCACCACAUUCAUCCUGAGGAACGUCAUGUGGUUCCUGCUGCAGCUCAUAGACCACAACAUCCACGAGAGCAACGAGCCAUGGUGCCGCAUAAUCACGACCAUAUACAACUACUUUGUGGUCACCAACUUCUUCUGGAUGUUCGUGGAGGGCUGUUACCUCCACACUGCCAUUGUGAUGACCUACUCCACGGACAAGCUGCGAAAGUGGGUCUUCCUCUUCAUCGGCUGGUAUAUUCCCUGUCCAAUAAUAAUAGCCUGGGGCAUCGGGAAGCUGUACUAUGAAAACGAACAGUGUUGGUUUGGGAAGGAGCCUGGAAAAUAUAUUGACUACAUUUACCAAGGACCUGUUAUUCUGGUGCUGCUGAUCAACUUUGUUUUCCUCUUCAACAUCGUCAGAAUCCUAAUGACCAAACUCCGCGCUUCAACCACGUCUGAGACCAUACAGUACAGAAAAGCGGUGAAAGCCACGCUGGUGCUGCUUCCUCUGCUCGGCAUCACCUACAUGCUCUUCUUUGUCAACCCGGGGGAGGACGACAUCUCGCAGAUUGUCUUUAUCUAUUUCAACUCCUUCUUGCAGUCCUUCCAGGGCUUCUUUGUGUCGGUCUUCUAUUGCUUCCUAAACGGAGAGGUCCGCUCAGCAGUGAGGAAGAGGUGGCACCGCUGGCAGGACAAUCACGCCCUGAGGGUGCGAGUGGCCCGAGCCAUGUCCAUCCCCACUUCGCCCACCAGAGUCAGCUUCCACAGCAUCAAGCAGACCACAGCUGUGUGACACAGGGGGCCAGGCACACACACACACACACACAUUCUCACACUCACACACACACACACACACACACACACACCGAUUGAAGGAUUAGACUUAAUCUUUCUUCUGCACAACAUUGGAAGUCUGAUAGCCGCUAAUCCGGUAACGAGACGGCCGUGUGGCUUCAGGUGAGAGGACUUUUCUUGCUGCCCGAUGAGAACAAUAACGCUGCAGACUGAUGCGAAACAUAAGCAAGAUUCUGCAUCAAUAAUGCAUGUCAAAGCUGGAAAACUCAAUGGUCUGAUCCAUCAGUUAAAUCAAGAACUUGCAGAAUGUAACACAAAGGAUAAGGAAAGGUAAAACAAUUACUGCCAGAAGCCAGUUAUUUAUUUCUAUUUCUUAUUGUGAAAGUAGAGCAAAGGGUUAGGUUGGGGUGUCGGGAACAAUAUUCAUUGUCACUCAGACUUUUUCCUCUAAUUAAAGCAUCUUAACUGUACGACGGAGAGUUUGGUCUGAGAAUCAAUAAAUCAAUGUUUAUUUAUAUAGCCCUAAAUCACAAAUGUCUCAAAGGACUGUACAAACCACUACGACUACGACAUCCUCGGAACAACCCGCUCAAGGGCAAGGAAAACUCACAGAAUGAUUUACGUUCCAUUGUUAUUAUUAAAACAAAAUAGUCAUGAAGUUUAUGUUACGGGGAAUAAGUUACAAGAAUUAAGUCGUACUAUUACAAUAAAAACAUGUGGUAAUGUCACAAGGAUAAUGUAACAAUGUGUGGCGAUGAUGAAAGGAAAACAUGUUGUGAGAAUACAGCAGUGAUGUUACAAGAACCAUGUUGGCAUGUUACGAGGAAAACGUACUAUUACAAGAAUAAAGUGGUAAUAUCCCGAGUGUGUGAAUGUGAGUGUGAAAUUUGUGAUAAAUGUCUGUCUAUCGUUGUUGGUUCUGCGGGGAGGUGGCGACUUGUCCAGGGUGUACGCCGCCUUCCGCCCGAGCGCAGCUGUGAUAGGCUCCAGCCCCCAAACCCUCCCCCCACCGCAACCGCAAAAGUGACAAGCGGUGAAAAAUGGAUGGAUGGAUAUUACAAAAAAAAAUUACAUGGAAAACUGUGACAGGGUAAAAGAUUCAUUAAUCCAACAAUUUGAAAGCAAAGCCUUAAUAUGUCUAUAAUUUGCCUAAAAUCGCAUAAAACAUUUUGAAAGGUUUUCAAAAUCUAAUGUUACUUUUAUCCAAAACAUGCGUAGACUUCAGUCUUGUCUUUUUAAAGGGGAACAUUAUCACAUUUUCAAAAGGGUUAAAAACAAUAAAAAUCAGUUCCCAGUGGCUUGUUUUAUUUUUCGAAGUUUUUUUUCAAAAUUUUACACCUCCCGGAAUAUCCCUAAAAAAGCUUUAAAGUUCUUGAUUUUCGCUAUUUGCGAUGCGACUGUCCAUUUCCCUGUGACGUCAUACAGUGCUGCCAAUACAAACAACAUGG